AAAAGUGUAAACCCUUUGGAAUAUGGUUAUUACCGCAGAAUAAAGCUGUAGUAAACAUGUCUCUUAUGUGAUCAGUCAUAUUUUUGUAUUUUGGGCGAACAAUGUAAUUUUGGCUUUGUUAAUGCAAAAAUUAAAAAAACUGUAUGAUAUACUAAAACACGACAAAAUAUAUUAACGUAAAAACAAAAAUUCUACAACACCAAUCUUCAAAAUUAUUUAGAUUAAUUCAACCAUGUGAACCUAAAACAUAAGAAUUUCAGCUUCAAGAAUCAGACCCCUAGACAAGAAGAACUGAAGCCAACUACACAUGAAAAGCUAAGUAAACUAGAAAGUAUAUCGUAACCUUUGCUCCUCUCAAAUUUUUCAUAAAAGACUUUGUUUAUCAUGGACAAUAAAUGGAAUUAGGAAGGAGGGGGGAGAUUACAUGUGUGGGGGUUGUCCAUGAUUUAUUGACUAAUAAUGAAAUUUUGUCUGUUGCAGAAACUGCUUUAUUUCAUUGAUUUUUGAAAUUUAUGUAAGAAUUAAUUUUUGAUCACAUGGAGCAAAAACCGAAGGCUACCCAACACAGGAUCUUUAUACCAACACUGACGAUGUACAACCAAUAAUGACGGACCAGAUUUAAUCAAAGUGAACAGGACUUUACAGCUACAACCAGGGACAUCAACAGGAGCUGGCCGGUGUGGCACUUCAGUCUGGAACAGUGCUUCGACUGCUACGGUCGCAAGUUUGAGUCCUUCCUCAGCCAUGGAUGUGUGUGAUAUCCUUAGUUGCCCUUUGUGUCUUGGUAUUCACUGUUGCUGUAACUGCCUCAUGGUCACUGAUAUCAGUCCUGAUGUGGACUUCCUCAACAAGAUCAGGAAACUGGUGUGCACAGUGACUACAAGGAAGGAUAGGAACACAGCAAUUAGUUGCAAUUGUACUGCCUUUUUAUUAUUGUUACUAGCACAAAAAGUAUUGGAUGAAAUAAAAAGGCACCAGAAAACACCUGCAGCACCAUCAACGACAGUAACAGUAACACCACAAAAAUCAAUAGCAGCAGGUUCAUCACAAGUAGCAACAACAACAGAAGCAACAGCAACAACAAAAUCAUCACCAUCAGCAGCAGUAAAAUUACCACAAAUGUUCAAACCACAAUCAGUAACUGCAACUAAACCUUCGGAGGAAAUAACAGCAAAACCAGCAGAUACUACAACAACAGAUCCACCAUCAACAGAAAUAGUGCCAAUAAAAGAAUCAAAGGCUGCAAUAGCACGAAGAAUCCUGUCAGCCCCAGAACCACUACCACUACCACCAUCACCACCACCUCCGGCCACAGAAACAGCAGCAGCAACAACAGCAGCAGCAACUGAACCAACAACAACAGUAGCAGCAACAGCAAAACCAUCAACAACAGUUGCAGCAACACAACACUGCCUAAGGAGGAGUCAAAGACCAGGUCCAUCUAUAUCAUUAAGUGAGGAUUUUUUAUGGCUUCAGACAAAGAAAAGAAAAAGAUUGUGACAAAUCAGCAAGAAAAUUUGCAGAUAAGUCAUAACUGUUAUGGAAAAAGCAGCACAUUACCAGGUAAUGACAAAAGAAAAAAUACUUGUAAAAAAGUCAGGAUAAUGUGUCAGAAUAUUCAAUGCCUCAGAAACAAAGUACUAGAUCUAGAAGUAGCUUUAAAUAAUCUUGCUGAUGUCUCUUGUAUUUGUUUAUCUGUACACUGGUGCAAGGCUAGUGAAUUAAGUCUCAUAAAUAUA